AUGGUGAUUGGGAACAUCUAUGUGAUUGCCUCCGUCGCCGUCGUUGGCGGCGGCCUCUUCGGCUUCGACAUCUCGUCGAUGUCCGCUCAGUUGUCGGAAAAUGCCUACAAGUGUUACUUCAACCAGGGUCCAAACGGUCCGCCAUUUAAUGACGAUGCUGAUUGCAGUGGUCUUAGCUCCUUAAGUCAAGGUGGUGUCACGGCCUCCAUGGCUGCUGGCUCUUGGUUAGGUGCUUUGAUCUCUGGAAUUGUAUCAGAUCGUGUUGGUCGCAAAUAUUCCAUUAUGCUGGGCUGUCUCAUUUGGAUCGUCGGGUCAGUCUUGAUCUGCGCCUCGCAAAAUAUCGCCAUGCUGUGUGUCGGUCGUGUCAUCAACGGUUUGGCUGUUGGUAUUGAAUCGGCACAAGUCCCUGUCUACAUCUCGGAGUUAUCGCCCCCUUCAAAGCGUGGUCGCUUCGUUGGCUUGCAGCAGUGGGCUAUUACUUGGGGUAUCCUAAUCAUGUACUAUAUCUCCUAUGGCUGCUCGUUCAUUGGAGGCAAAGACUCGUCCAACUAUAGCGCUGCAGCCUGGCGCGUCCCCUGGGGCUUGCAGAUGAUCCCCGCCGUUGUUCUAUUUUUCGCGAUGAUGCUAUUGCCCGAAUCCCCUCGCUGGUUGGCCCGUAUGGACCGAUGGGAGGAAGCCCAUGAAGUUCUUGCCCUGGUCCAUGGUAAGGGUGACCGAGAUCACCCCUUCGUUGCCAUUGAGCUGCAGGACAUUCGGGAUAUGUGUGAAUUGGAGCGACAGUUCGGUCAUGUUAGUUAUCUGAGUCUUUUUACUCCGCGAAUGAUCAACCGCACGGUCAUCGCCUUGUUCACGCAGAUCUGGUCCCAGCUUACUGGAAUGAACGUCAUGAGUGAGUUGGAUAAUCUUUGCUUCCUCUUCUACGUCGCCUUUGCAUCAUAUCGGGAAUUGGCUAACUUCGUUUCACUACCUCCAGUGUACUAUAUCAGCUACGUGUUUACCAUGGCCGGGUACAGCGGUAACUCGGCCCUCCUCUCAUCAUCGGUGGAAUAUAUCAUCAACGUGUUCAUGACCCUCCCUGCGCUGCUCUGGCAGGAUCGCUGGGGACGUCGCCCAACCAUGCUGGUGGGUGCAUUCUUGAUGACCGUUUUCAUGUUCGCGAACGCAGGUAUUCUGGCCGCACAGGGUACCAUUAUCCCCAUGGCUGAGCGAAGCAGUCCGGAGGUGUCAAUGAGCGUAAGCGGCGCCGCCUCGAAAGGACUGGUCGCGUGUACCUACUUGUUCGUUGCUUCAUAUGCACCUACCUGGGGUCCGGCCUCAUGGACUUACCCGCCCGAGCUGUUUCCCUUGCGUCUGCGCGGUAAGGGUGUCGCACUAGCCACUUCGGGUAACUGGGCCUUCAACACGGCGCUAGGCCUUUUCACUCCGUCGGCCUUCACGAACAUCGCUUGGAAGACUUAUAUUUUGUUCGGGGUGUUCAACACUGUUAUGUUCAUCCAUGUCUUCUUUGCAUUCCCUGAGACGGCUGGUAAGACACUGGAAGAGACUGAAGCCAUGUUCGAGGAUCCCAAUGGCAUCAAAUACUUGGGGACCCCAGCGUGGAAGACUCGUGUGAGCACUCGCACCACGGUUGCUCUUGAGCACGGUGACUUGGAGGCUGCAAAGGCACAGGAGGCUCGGUCGGAAGCGCUAGGCGGGCAGCAAGCCACAAUCACUCAAUAA